CCAACCUCCAACAUGGCUGAGCAGGUCAAGUACUAUGAGAUGUACCGCAAUGCCUCGUUAGUCCAACAACCAAACACCCUCACUCUUAUAUCGCGACUAAACAUCUACAGCAUUGGCGGAACCCUCGCAGACACACUCGACGAUCUGAUUAGCAGUCGCCGCAUCGAGCCCCAACUCGCCAUCAAGAUCAUGACAAACUUCGACCAAGUCAUUGCUCAAGUACUCGGCGACAAGGUCAAGGCGAGGAUGAGCUUCAAGGGCCAUCUCGACACUUAUCGCUUCUGUGAUGACGUCUGGACCUUCAUCCUCAAGGACAUCAAGUUCAAACUCGACAACUCGCAGACGAUCGAGGUCGAAAAGGUCAGAAUCGUAAGCUUGCUGAACGCAAACUCGCCACAUAACACUGGCAAGAAAUGA